AUGGGGGGUCCUAGGUGGGCAGGGGCAGGGCCCAGAAACUCAGAUACGCUGGGCUGUGGCCUGUCACCCAAACCCCAGGCCUGCUGGUACUGUCCAGCCUCUGCUUGGUUCCUCCUGGGACGGGGCAUCUCCACUGCCCACGGCAGCCCAGCAGCCUCUCAGCUCCUUCUCUGGGGUCCCAGCCAGGGGCCUGGUCACCAGGAGGAACUGCUCCAGCACAGAGAACACCUGUGUGGCUGCAGCCAAGGCCACUUCUGUGACGUACAGGACGGGGACCACUGCAUCGUGUGCCAGCCCCACACCAUCUGCCGGCCUGGCCAGAGGAUGCUGGAGAGAGGUACCGAGAGCCAGGACACGGUGUGUCAGGAUUGCCCACCAGGGACCUUCUCUCUCAACGGGACCCAGGAGGAAUGUCAGCCCUGGACCAGGGGGGUGCCAGGGAAGGGGUCCUCCACACUCUCCUGGGAAAUGUGGACCCACCCCAGCAGAGACCCAAAGCUCCACCCUAGGUGGUACCUGGUGGCACCUACCAGCACCCAGGAGAGCCCCUCACCAGGCGUGAAGCCUGUGCCCCGAGGUCAGGCUGCAGUGGCCCCAGACCAGAGCCUCAGCAGCUCCAGCUUCCUGGAGGUCAGGGUGGACUGGAGGAGUCUGACCUGGUAG